AGCCCCAGCUGAUGACUCAGGAGCCUGACACUUGGACAAGUUCUUAAUUUGCCCAGGUCACAGUUGCAGAAUGUAGGUGGUAUAACCAUUCUCCAACCCAGGAGGGAUUCUACAGCCCCAGCCAUUUGGUCUCUCCCCUUCUUUCCUAGGAAGUGCCUGUAGCUCCCAGUCAACCCUGUUCCCCAAAAAGCUUUGGCGUUCUGGGACCUGGCUCUGUCCCUGCUGCGAGGGCCUGCAUGAGACGUCAGAUUCUUCAGAGGAAGCUCAAGCUCCUGGGUAGCUGCUGCCUGCCUGGGAAGGGCCGUCCUGUCUCCACACCCUCCCCAGGCCCCUCUCACAAGGGGCUACGUUCCAGGAGGACCAAGCCUUUGGACCCAGAUGCAGCAGCCAGCAGGUCCAGCCUGGGCCCAUGCAGGCAUGCAGGGCCUGCAUUCUCCUUUAAUUGGCUGCCUGAGGCUCGGGCCAUCCAGGUAACUGUUCCUCCAGGCCCUGAGGUGCAUGUGCGUCUUUGUCACCAGUGGGCACUGGAGUGCGAGGAGCUCAACAGCCCCUUCAAGGCUCAGAAAAUAGUGUCCGGGGGCCACACUGCUGAGCUGCCUUACGAGUUCCUUCUGCCUUGUCUGUGCAUAGAGGCAUCCCACCUGCAAGAGGACUCCGUGAGGCGCAAGAAGUGUCCCUUCCAGAGCUGGCCCGAGGCCUAUGGCUCGGAAUUGUGGAAGUCUGUGCACUUCACCGAUCACAGCCAGCACGAUCAGAUGGCCAUGGCCUUGACCCUCCGCUGUCCACUGAGGCUGGAGGCCUCCUUGUGCCAGAAGCAAGAUGGUCAAGGGCUCUGCGAAGACCUCCCCAAUGCCACAGCUCGAGAGGCAGAUGGGUGGUAUAUUUUGGACAAAGUGGACUUACACCCCCAGCUCUGUUUCAAGUUCUCCGUGGGAAACAGCAGCCACGUUGAAUGCCCCCACGGGACUGUAGGAGCUCUUGCAUCCUGGAACGUGAGCAUGGCCACCCAGGCCCAGCAGCUACUCCUUCGCUUCUCCUCGAGAACACAGGCCACCUUCAGUGCUGCCUGGAGCCACUCAGGCUCAGGGUGGGACACCGAGCCGUCCCCUGUGUACAGUGUCAGCCAGACCCAGGGCUUGGGCCCCGUGACGCUGGAGCUGGUCAUCCCCUUCGUGAAGCCUGAGGACUGUAUCCUGGUGUGGCGGUCAGAUGUCCGAUUUGCCUGCAAGCGUCGCUUAUGUCCAGAUGUCUCUCAUAGACACCUAGGGUUGCUGAUUUUGGCACUGCUGGUUCUCACUGCCCUACUGGGAGCUGUCCUGGUCCUUACCCACUGCCACUCACUCUCAGGUCCUCGUAGAGGAAGCCCGGUGCUGCUGCUGCACGUGGCAGAAACCGAGGAGCAAAGGCACCUUGUGGGAGCGCUGGCCGAACUGUUGCGCGUGGCGCUCGGCAGUGGACGCGAUGUGAUUGUGGACUUGUGGGAGGGGACCCGCGUGGCACAUAUGGGCCCCCUGCCGUGGCUGUGGGCUUCUCGGGCACGUGUGGCACGGGAUCAGGGCACGGUGCUGCUGCUGUGGAGCCCAGCCCACGGCUCGGAAGCCGGUGUGGCACCGCUGCUCACCCUGCUAGGCGCCGCCCCAGGCCCACUGCUGCUACUUGCACACUUUAGUUGCCUCUGUGCCAAGGGUGACAUCCCCCGGCCGCUGCGCGCACUGCCGCGCUACCGCUUGCUGCGCGACUUGCCGCGCCUGCUGCAGGCCCUGGACGCACAGCCUUGGACAUCUGACCCGGACUGCCUUGCAGCUCGGCAGGGCUGGCGGGGCCGCCUGGAACUGUGCCGUAGGCUGGAACGUGAGGCUGCUGCUGUUGCCGGCCACACAUGACUGUUUCCCCACAGUCCAGGGUGUCUGCGGCCACGGCGGUUCUGGGUCACGGUCUGGAACCCCCUUGCACCCUGGAACCCUUGGGGUGUCUUAUGCUGGCUUUCAGGUCAGGUGUCCCAACCGGUCCUAUCACCUCUUCCCUCCUUCCUUCUCUGUCUGCCAAGAUCCCUAAGCAGAGACCGCCCUUUAUGGGAGCCCCUCACUCAUUUUGGGACAGGGACAGCCCUUGUCCUCACAGCCUCCUGGAAAAGCAGACUGCAGGUGCUCUGGGCCAGGGCGAGAGAGCCAGGGUGACCAGGAAACCUGCCCAU